AUUUUUCAGCAGGUCAAGGCCAAGAUGGUACAGCUGACUGCCUUCCAAAAGGUCAGACAACGCACGACGUUACUUGACUACGGAGAUACGAUAUGUCCGCGCGCAGUCCGAUGGACAAGAUGUUCGUUCGUGUACGAGAACGCUGUAGGCUGCGCAGUGUGUUGGAUAAAAUCUUUUGUGCCACUAUCAGUUUCGUUCGAUGGUGACACUGGGAGGAUUUAUUCUAGCAAGCUCCGGUAGACACGGAAGUAGCAUGUCCGUUCGUGAAAUGUGUCACAAGAGUUUCCUUACAAGGUGUCAGUUGUAAAUCCAACAACCGUUCCAGGGCUUCUCAGCUCCGCGCGACAGCGUUCUAUCACGCAAGUCUCCUGUCGUUGUGGUGAAAAAAACUAGCGACAACGCUCUGCCAGUUUUGGAGUAUCCCACUUGGAAUUUGUGUAUCGCUGUCAUGGAUGGGAAGUCGAUUCUAGCACGUCUUGCAGUGGAUUUCCGCGUUGUGUUCAUCCUGUCUGUGACGUGCGCUCUGUCCGCGCGCGCCGUUGACAGUCCAACAACUGCUGCCACUAGCGCCAAACCACCAGUGACCUUUUCAACUUCCGUCGUCCUCUCCAUAGACACGUUCAGCAAGAAGCUGGCUGAGCAGAGCAAGUGCAAAUCCGCUGUGAGCAGCACAAGCACUUUUGAUACAGCAACCCUUCGACCGAGUUCAACUCUUGGGACUGCAGCAUCGAUAUCGACAUGCAGCACAUCCGACUUUGUACGCGUAGCCAAGCCCAUGGUGGUGCGCAAGUCCAAGACGGAGAAUUACCUGGCAUGGCGACCGUUCACAGAGCAGACGUCACCUCCAGCCGAGGAAAAAGUGUACUUUCUCCUGUGCAAGCGUGGCAGCAUUUCCCAGUGUACGGAUGACGGUACUAACCUUAUUGUAAUCACCGCUGAGCAAGCACGUACUGGAGGAAUAGCACGGCUGGCUGGAACAAUACGCGGUACAGUCCGCCUAUCCAUUGCCGUGGCAGCAGGCUGCUCUCUCUGCCCCUUUGUUCCUUUAGAGGAUGAUGCAGUAUUGGUGAGUGGAGCUGUUUCCGGUCAACUAGCCCUGCGUGGAUAUCAGCCAGUUUUCCACUACAACUGGACAGUGGAUAACGGUAUUUUCGAAGACUGGCUCAAGUGUGUUGGUCGAAACGUGACGUACGUUGUCUCUAUGACGACGAGGGAGUCCGGUAAUGUCGCUCAGUUCUUGUCGCCGGAGCGUGCUCUAACUCUGGACAGGGAUAGACUUGAACUGGGUGAACAGUACAGUAUACAAGUACUGGCAUCAAGCUCGGCUGGGGAAAUUGAUCGUGGCAUCCUUCAGAGAGUACAGCAGUUUGGAAACAUCCAAUCUGUCGCCGUUCCCUUCUGCCGCGAUAUCGAGACACCCACGCCGUGCAUGCGGGGAUCGAAUGCCAAUGUCUACCGCUCGAUCCGUGCCAGCUCUGCGACGACAUGUGUCUGCUCGGACCAGGCUUGCACUGACCGUAUACGCAUGUUCAGCCAGGACAAGGAGGCGUGUUGCUCUCAGUUCUCCGUCACCGUGCGCUUGAACGCCAGCGAACUAGCCCAGUCUGUGGACAUCCAGUACGUCGAGCACCUGAGCAUCGAAGUCAGCGGCCUGCCACUCCCGAUUCGACUAGCGAUGCACCCGGAGCGUUUGACGAUUGCGCAGGACGGGUUGAUUGAGCACACUUUCUCCAGCAGAGCCUACUCCCUGCAGACCAUCAACAUCAACUCCGUUCAGUUGCUCGUUUGGAUGAGAAACUCGCCGGACGAGGCCACCCAAUUCUCUAUGCUACGUGUUGGCGGAAAGCAAGUUGUGAAUGCCAGCGGCGCGACCUGCAGAGUUGACCAGGAAGUGAGCACAAUGCCAGUUGCAACUGGCCCCAACCGUCCAGGAGCUGGUACUUUGUACAACAGCAAUGACCCAGCAGUGACGCUGACGGGCAGCACUGCGACGAGCACUCAAGACCCGGAUGGUGCUGCUGCCGGUGGUGUCAGCGAGGGUGACGCGCUCACCUCCACCAUUGUGCCAGCGGCGGCCGCCGGAGCAGGCGUAGUCCUGGUGCUGGUCGGUGUCGCCGUGCUGCUCGUAGUCGGCGUGCGCCGCCGCAAGAACAGCGCCUGGUGCGUCGGGCCGGCCGAUCCGAACGUCUUUCCCCAGCUGGAGCACAGGACUGCGGUCGGCGAGCUGCCGCUAAUAAAGCCACCACCGCAGGCCGUGGGGAUUUCCCUGACCAAAACCAGUCCAGCGCUGUCACCGGUCACGCUGCUAUCGCCGACCGGCUCGCAGCUGAGCAAGCGUGGCCGCUGGGAGGCCAGCCUGGAGCACAUCGACAUCUGCGCGGACGUGGCGCUUGGCGAGGGUGCGUUUGGCAAGGUGUGCCUCGGCCACCUGCUCGAGCCGCUGCUGCCGCGCGGUGCGACCGAGGAAACUUCGAUGGUGGCCGUGAAAGAAGUCAAAUAUGACCAACACGGUGGUUCGCGUGCCCGCUAUGCCGAGGAGUGCCUGAAGAACGAAGUGAAGAUCUUCAUUGAGCUGCAGCGUGAUGGCUCAACAUCUCCACACGUCGUGCGCAUGGUACACUACGUACGUGAACCACUGCAUGGCCGUCUGACGCAUCUAGUGAUGGAGCUGAUGCCAUACGGAUCGCUGCUGGCACUGAUCCGUGCAGCUCGCGAAGGCGACAAGAGCGAGCAUUACCGGAAACUACUCACACUACAGCCUGGCUUGCGAGUGGAUUUGGAACGAGGGCCGCAGGGACCGUACCCCACUCUGGCAGAGGUGUCCGCGCUGGCCGUCCAGAUCUCGAAAGGCAUGGAGUUCCUCGCUGCCAAGCACUUUGUCCAUCGCGACUUGCGCGCAAAGAACGUGCUGGUUGCGGACGGCAAGCUGCUGAAGAUCUGUGACUUUGGCAUGACCAGGGAUGUGUACACGGACGAGGCGUACGUCAGCAGCAGUCACCGGCCCGUGCCCGUCAAGUGGAUGUCGCCGGAAACCCUGAACGGAGAUUACUACACGCCGGCCGGUGAUGUCUGGUCGUUUGGCAUUCUGAUGUGGGAAAUCUGCACCCUGGGGUAUCUUCCGUAUCCAGAGUUUGACAACAACGCUUCCAAGUUGCUGGACUUCUUGAAGGACGGCGGACGCAAUACAAGGCCAGUGGGCUGCCGGGACGAGCUGAACGACAUCAUGACGGCGUGUUGGCAGUGGAAGCCGGAGCGGCGACCGACGUUCACCCAGCUGACGCCCAUGCUGGCACGCCUGCUGGAGAGCACGCGCGCAGCCGGCGACUACAUGUACGUGCGCGCCUCAAGCCUGGAGAUCAGCGGAUCUGCAGCGGCGGGAGGGAAAGCCCCCGCCGAGAACUACUACUACGACGCGCUGGUCGUGGAGCGCCGGCUCUUCACCGGCACUGGGCGUGAGUACGACUUGAGAAAAGCCACCGGCGAGAAGAGCAACGGUGCAGGUGCUGGGCUGGAACGAGACACCGAUGGGUACCUGGUGCCAAAGGACACGGCGAUGGCGUACACGGACGAGCACGGCUACGAGUUCAUGAGACCCAGCACCGAGACGACAACAUAGCCGAGUGCAAUGACAUCAUUGAUUACGUAAUCAGUGCACAGCGCUGAUACGACUUUACACUGAUGUGCAACAUCCAUUCCGCAAUGCCAUCCAUGCCGUGCUGACAAUUUAUUUCACUUGAUAUUAAAGCUCCUAAUUUACAAACCUUGACUUCCAGCUUGACUUCAUCCAGACUCUCUCCAGUUCUUGAUGGCUAACUAGAUGAGAUAAUUAUUCGGAGCCAUCUCAUAACAACAUAACACAGCCUGCACUGUAGUUGAGAGAAGAAAUGAUACAUACCUCUGCAGUCUGCACUGUUUUCAAGCACUCGCUUUAGUUCUUCCGGCACCAUUACUCAUCACGACAGCUUUAUUUGAGCUCCCAUUGAACUAUUUUCGCCUCAAAGCA